AAUAUCUUGACAUGACUGUGCGUGUGUUACCUCACUCAGGUGACAUCCUUGUCACCUCCAAGGAUCAAAACUAUAGAUCCAUCUCCAGGUCUUCCCAUCGUAUUUCCCCAUGUCGUGCGCUCUGCUUCUGUCUCCAUUCUGAAUUUAUCAAACAUCUUUCCUCUCCCCCACUCAUUGUGAGCUGUGGAGGUGGCUCGCCGCUGUCAUCCCAUUAUACCCGGAGCUGACCACCGGCGUCAUGAUUUUUCUUCAUCUCUGGACUCUGUCUCUUCUCCUUGCAACAGGUGCUCAGCUUUCAAUGCCCUACUCAGGUUGUGGGAAGCCGGUGACAUCGGACCGUAUUGUGGGUGGACAGGACGCCUCCCCCGGGGAUUGGCCAUGGCAGAUCAGCCUGAGGAAAAAUGGCUCCCAUAUCUGCGGAGGGGUCAUGAUUGACUCCCAGUGGGUGCUGACCGCGGCCCACUGCUUUGUAGGGCCCUACUCUGUAUCUAAUUACAUGGUGAACCUGGGAGCUCACCAGCUGUCUGUACCAGGCGGGGUCAUGUCUCCGAUCGCCUCCAUCAACAUCCAUCCCAUCUACCGGGGCGCAGGUAGCAGUGGAGACAUCGCCCUUCUCAAACUGCAGUACUCCAUACAGUACACGGACUACAUCAUGCCAAUCUGCAUCCCCGAAUCCAACGUCCAGUUCCCCAGCGACAUGUACUGCUUCGUCACUGGCUGGGGCUCCAUAAGGCAAGGAGUGAGCCUGCCGUCUCCCCGAACACUUCAGCAGGUCGAAAUUCCAAUUAUAGACCAACCAGUUUGUGACAACAUGUACCACAUCAAUAACCCCACACUGAGCCCCAACAAAACCAUCAUCCAAUGGGACAUGAUCUGUGCCGGAUUCAAGGAUGGGCUGAAGGACGCAUGUCAGGGCGAUUCUGGUGGCCCCCUUGCUUGCAAAUGGGAUGGCUCAUGGCUUCUUGCUGGAAUUGUCAGCUGGGGAUUCGGCUGUGCCCUUGCCAACCGCCCGGGUGUCUACACCAGAGUGGCAGCGUACUCCACUUGGAUCAAACAAUACGUCCCACAGUUCCAGCUGACUCCUGCGGUGAUCACUCCACCAUUUGAGCCCAGUGAUUCGAUCUGCCCAUCUUACAACCACCUCCUCUUCCUCUGCUCUCUCCUCCUACACUGGCUGCUAAAGUGACAUCGAGGAGAUGAAGGAGAGCCAAAGGCCAAUUCCCAACCUCUGCAAAGGUUUUAUAUCAAAGAGUGGAAUACAAUUAUAUUUUAUACAGUAAUGUGGGUAACAAGACCCCAUGAGCAACAUCCGAGCUCAGAAUCAGGUGACUGUGGAUCCUGAGACUCAAAGAUGGCAGCCAAACCCAUAGAUUGGGCAAACUGAGUCCACAUUAUGGUCUAUCUUCUCUCUGGAGCCCAAGGCGAGCAUACAUGCAUGAUCACCCCGACUAUAGAGGGCUCACUCUGUACUCUCAUAGGAGACUUUAUAGCAAUAAACAAUUAUUUAACUAAA